CGCACGACUUUGUAGUAAAAAUAAAGGCAACUCUCGCAUUAUUAAACACAUAGAACACGUAUUGUUCAAACGCGAGAUACGCACGAACGUGUGUGUAAUGUUUUUGCGUAAAAUCUAGGAACAAAAGUAUCGAACGAUCGAAAUCCACCUGUGUGGGAGAGACGUGAGAACGUUUGGGGGGCACAUGUGAGCGUCAGCUCAUCUCUCUCUUAUAGUCAGCUGAUUUCAGUCAAUGAGACACCAGUGUUUCGUUUCGUGCAGUGUUUGCCCGACAGUCGAGAUUCUAUUUGCGCGCGCGCGCGCGUAUGUGUAUGCAUGUGCACUCGUAUCCAAAAAGGAAAAUAUUACGCAGCUUAGAGAACCCCGUUACACCCGAAUUGUCGUAUUAUGUUAAGGAUCAUUGCGCCAGAGUGGACACGUGUUGGAAAGAUGGAAUUCACGUGGAUAAAUUGUUAUCCGUACACCGUGCCCGAAUAACAAGGCGCAUGACGAGAGUCACUUUUUGAAAAUCCCAUGUAGAUUUCAUAGAUUAGCUUUGGUCAAGCGUGGAUACGAAAUGUCUUGGUUAGGAUGCAUUCCCUGGUCGCAAGGGAUCAAAAAGCGAGCGUGCAGGUAUCUUCUACAACGAUAUCUGGGUCAAUUUUUGGAGGAGAAAUUAACAUUGGACCAGCUCACUGUGGAUCUGUACAACGGAACUGGUCGUGUAACCAAUGUCAGCCUUGAUGUGCAGGCCCUCAACGAAUUGGGAGAGCAGCAACAACUUCCUUUGGAAUUUGUCGAUGGCUUCGUAGUGGAAAUAUCUUUUAGCAUACCGUGGUCAGCUUUACUUAGCGAGGCUAGCUAUGUGGAGGUUAAGGGUUUGAAACUGACCGUUCAACCUAGACAAAGAACGAAAACUGGCACUUCAAUGUUUGAGUCUAUGUGGAGCUCUAUGACAUCGAGUAUGCAACUUGCACAAGAAUGUUUGCAAGAAGAUGCAAAAAAUGCUGGCAACUCUCAGCCAUUAGAAGGAGUCGAAUUGUUUGCACAAACAAUAGAUUCAAUUUUAUGCAGAGUAAAAGUAAGAUUCAUUGAUACCGUAAUACGUUUGGAACAUGUGCCACUAGACUCUUCUACAGGAGUUGCAAUUGAAAUGUGUAUAAAAAAUCUUGAAUAUUCAGAUGAAGCAGGCUUAGAUCCAAGCAGUGCUUCAUUAGACCCUAGUCAGUCAACAAAAGGAUAUAUCGUAUCAGCUUUCACAACGAAAAGAUUUUAUUUAGAAGGUGUCACUUUCCACACGGAUGAGUUUCCAUCUCGAGCAAGAACUUUUUCUAGGAGCAUCAUAACAAUAAGCAGAGGAUCUACACCAGAUUCUAAAAAUUCAGACGGCCACUUCUCUUCUGCACAAAUAUCUCCCACUCAAUAUGCAAAUGUGCAAACUUCUCCGGAAGGGAAUAUUAUUAAUAGUUUAAACGAAUCAAAUCCUAUAAUGUUUGCCAAGUUAGCAGGCAGACAAGAAAUAAGAUUGAAAUUAAAGCAAGGUGAAAGUGUUUCAGGGCCAAAGGUAGAAUUUGAAGUGACACUGGGAUCAUUUACUUCAUUUUUAAGUCCACGGCAAGUGCAUGUGUUAUUGGAAUUGGGCCACGGACUUGCAUCCCCAGAUUUAGAAGAUAUUAGCAAUGUCGCGCCGAGAACUUGCAUGGAAAAGCCUAUGGUUGGCAGCGACUUCAGUCGCGUUGAGCGAGAACUUAUUCAUCAAAUAUAUCCGACACAAGGAUUACGUUCUAUGGAUUUAAGGCAUGCACAGGGUUGGUCGACGGCAUCUUUAGACGAGUCAGACAACAAAGAGGAGUUUUUGCCGAUGCGAUUACCUGGUUCUACAUCAAUGAGUGAUUCGAUCACAAGCAAUAACAUUAGCAUGGAUGGGAGUAUAUUAUCUAGUAGUAUUAGUUUAAAGAAUUCAGCGACAAAUUUACCAAAGCAACAGAAACACAGGCACAAUGUGGAUAAUAGUCCAUCCGCAGAAACGUCUCAUUUUCAUGUGAGGGUAUCUUCCAUAGCUAUAGUCCUACUACACGAAGAUAUAUUGGCCACGUGCGUAGAAGGAGGUGGUUUAACAUGUUCUAGUAUACGUCAGAUGAAAAAUUCAGCGGAUGAAUUUUUCAAGCAAUUAGGAAUGUUCGGAGCUGGAGGAUAUGGAAACAAAGACUUUGAUAAGGCAUCGAAAGUACUCUUGGAUGCUUGCCAUUUAAGUCAUAUUAGAUUACUCGCUGCGCCGCUAGUAAUUGAAGGAAGAGAAAAAAAUGUUUCAUGGUUUUCUGUAAUAUCUGGAACAUUAACCUUAGCUAGUUUAGAAAUUGUAGAAUGUUUAAUUGAUUCGAAUAAUUCUGGAGCAAAUACAACUCCACUAACUGAGUUUGUAGAGUUGCUUGUUUUUCCGAAAGAGAGUUCAAGUAAUACUGGUUUCACCAAUAAAACGGACUUUAAAAUGAAAUUUAAAUAUGUAGAGGAUGUUGAAAAUGCAGGAUAUGCUCAAUUAGUAAAAUGUACAGAUCCGUACACAACAGUUGAUAUUGAAUUGGAACCAUGCAAGAGUGAAGUGGACAUAACUAUUAUAGAUAGGAUAUGUGCUUUACUUAAUCCACAACCUAUUUGCGUUUGUAAUCCUGUGUCUAAUAAUAAGAAUACGAAUCAACAAACUUUAUUUUAUCAAGCCAUAGAGAGUCCUAUAUUGUCUGACUUUGCUGCUAUCAUAAACAUAUCUUCGUCACACUGUACAAUAAAAUUAAGGUUUCCAAUACCAGAUUUAAGACCCUUGCACGAUAUGAAUCGGGCACCAUGGUGGAAGAGAUCGGUGAGAACGGAUUAUAUGAUCUUAAAAAUGGCAGAUGCACAAAUUCAUUCUCGGCCGCAUUCGAUUUUUUCAAAGAAUCGGCCGCAUUCUGUGAAGAAGCAUUUCGAAAUCCAAUUCAGUAAGUUGCUGCUUUCGUAUGCGGAAACGGAGACAGACGUACCAUUGAAUAUAGGCAGAGUUACAACGCAUGAAAAAAAUAAUGCGUCGUGUCAGCAAGUCAACGAAGGAUUUGAUUGGGCUAGAAUAGUUAUUACAAUCUAUCCGGAACGUUUGAGCGACCAGCUGGAAGAUAGCUCUGAAGGAGAGCUAGAUUCUAGUUUCGACGAAACUCUAGAAAAUACGCCUAAACAUCAGCCGUCUCCGUUCAGCUCAAAGCGUGUUAUUCAUGAAUCUGAUACGCCUCAUUCCAAACCUCCUACGCAAGGCGAUAAGGAUGAUUCAGAACAAAGAGAGGGCGAGGAGUUGAUCAUACCAGGAAAUCGGGAAGAAAUGUUCGAGUUCAUGGACGAAGGCACUCGUAGCUCCAGAAUACAAUUGGAGAUUAACUUCCCGUGUGUUUCCGUCCAAAUACCAUCUAAACAUCUGUACGAAUUGCUAUACAAUAGAUUCAACACUGAUCUUUUUUUAUGGAAACCGUCAGCACCAAGACCGAAGUACGGUACGCACAUGGAAAAUCACAUAGGUCUCGAUUUGGCAUCCACUUUGUUACAAGAAUCCGUUUAUCCUAGAUUUAGCACGUGCAAAAGUAGAAUACAGUACGAUUCCGAUUCGGACUCCGAUGAGGGCGGUAUAUUUCAUUCUGCGGCCGAUAAAAGUUACAAGCAGCAUCAGAACAAGAUAUCAAAGAACGGUCAGAGUAAUCUAGCACUAAUUUUGAAUAUAGAUCAAGGUCUCCUCUGCAUGUAUACUCCUGUUCGCGAUUCGAUGCGCAACGUCAUCCCCGGUCAACAGGGCGAGCUAAUAAUUCGAUUGGAAGACGCGACGAUAUUUUCGGUAACCGCGUACAAAGGAAAUUCGAAUCUGGGUUACGUUUGUGCCAUGAUAAAAGAAAUGUCUUUGGAUCAUUGUGGAUUAAUGACGACUCCUUUCCAACCACCUACACUGAGACUUAUUAAUAGCGACAUUCCGCAACAUUGUCAAAACAUUAUAUAUAAAAGCGGGUUAACCGAGAAUGUAAUGGGAGCAAACAACAACGAUGAUAUGGUGGUACUCGCUAUUAGGAUACAGGCUGCUCAUCAAACCCACCGUAUCAAAACUUUCAGAGUGGCAGUAGGCAUAACAAAUGCUACACUAAGGCAUAGAAUGUGCAACACUGGUACAUCGUGGUUCACGCAGUUAACAGAUUGCUUGGACGUAGCCGAUCAUCCUGUUGCCGGAUACUCACCGCCAGGGAUAUUAACGGAAUUACAUUUGCACUUGUGGAAUUGCGCGGUUGAUUACAGGCCAGUUCAUCUGCCGUUAAGAUCAAUGAUAACACUUGGCAAUUUCAGUGUUUCCAGCAAUAUCGCUGCGCAUACAAAUACUUCAACAUUGCGUUUUAUAGCAGAAGAUAUUGCCUUGUUCAUAUCUAAUAAAUUAGGGAGAAACGUGGAUCUUCGGCGAGAUUAUGUGUGCGUAAUGGACGUAGGAUUGUUCGAAUUGUCACUGAGGCUAAACGAGAAGAUGUGCGGCGGUGCACCUAGGGUAGAUUUAAGAGCAAGCAACAACGUGUUGCACGUUCGUACUUGUUCAGAUUCUGGACGAGCUCUUAUCCAGUUGUUAACGUACUUUGUCAAUGACGGAGAUCUUUUGCCGAAUAUGGAAACCGUCGAAACUACUACGAUAGCUAGUACUAGCGAAGAAGAAAGCCUUCUAGGGGACGAGUGUAUUAACACUCUGAGUAAGAGCCAAGUUGAACGCGUUAAUAGUUUGAUGAAAGAAGCGAUGGAAGAAACGGUAAAAGAAACAUCGGUGAAUACAGACAGCGACAUAUCUGUAACUGAAAAUCAGGUGGAGGUAUUUUUCUUCCCUGACGAAUCUCAACCUAUUUUACAAAUGUGCGGAAGUCCCGAGAAAUAUAACAAAGUCGAAUUUGGCAUAGAAACUGAAGAUUUGAACGAUGAGUUUUGUAUAUUAGGAGAGGAAGCUGGUACAGGAAUUAUGCCCAGACAUGGUGUACCAGAAGUUCGUUGGCUUUGCCAGGAAUCUUUGAGAAUAAUAGACAAUCACUUCGCGAUCCCACUCGGCAAAACUGAUCUGCUUAAGGCGCCAAGACAUUUCCCACCUCCGGUUUUAAGAUACACUCUUUGCGAAAUGAGCUUGAUCUGGCACAUGUACGGUGGAAAGGAUUUCGAAGUUUCUCAAUCAUCGACCAAGAAACAGGUCAUUGUCAAUGACAACGUGAUUCGCCCUAAUACGGCACCUCGAGCUAGUAGAACCAGAUCACCGUGGUGGGAUGGCGUGGGUUUCAAUAAAUGUAGCCCGAACGAAAUACAUUUCGGGAGUGCGCCAAAUUCACCACGUGCGAAGUGCAAAGAAACAACCGACUGGCAAACAAUGGGAGGUCCUGGUCGCCGCCAUGACAUCUUAAUGGAACUUCAAUUGAACAAAGUGCGCUUUCAACACGAGGUUUAUCCAGAGAAUACAGCGGAAGCAGCGAGGCAAAUAUUGCUGGUAAACGAGAUAGAGAUCAGAGACAGAUUGGCAUCCUCCCACAUCAACAAGUUCCUGUACCAAUAUAGCAGCGAGGCAAGACCGAAACAGUCUCAUGCGAACAUGUUUGCCAUGAAAGCGGUCCACGUCAGGCCGGAUCCAAGAUUAAGUGCUCAAGAGUGUUGUUUAAAGCUCAGCCUACUGCCGUUGCGAUUAAAUAUCGAUCAGGAUAGCCUAUUGUUUUUGAUAGAAUUCUUCAACGAAUUGGGUAGCGGUUCGAAGCAAGCUCAAGAGAGUUUCAGCGCGUCUAAUAGCACGCAGUCCUCCUCGGUGUCGAAACAAGGUACACCGACGCAUCACCCACCGGUUAUGAGUGUAAACGAUUCAGCGCCUAAUGCUCCAACGUCAACGAAUACGUCGCCAAGCGACAGCAUAGAUCCGAAUUUAUUGCUACUUUUGGAGGAUGAAUUAAUGAUCAAGGAGAACAAUGUGAAAGUGAAGCCGACGCACGAAGUUCACGAUGAUUGUCAACCGAUAUAUUUCAGGAGCGUGAUAUUUUCCCCUGAGGUUUUCGUUAGAUUAGACUAUCACGGAAAGCGCGUGGACCUUACUCACGGACCGUUGGCAGGACUUCUAAUGGGCCUGGCGCAGUUGAAUUGUUCCGAAUUAAGACUGAAAAGACUAACGCAUCGACACGGGCUUCUAGGCUUCGAUAAAUUAAUAACGUUUUUAUUCUCCGAGUGGUUGCAAGACAUAAAGAAAAAUCAACUUCCAAGUUUACUUGGCGGUGUCGGUCCCAUGCAUUCGUUAGUACAAUUAUUUCAAGGGAUAAGGGAUUUGUUCUGGUUGCCUAUCGAGCAGUACCAAAAGGAUGGUAGGAUAAUCAGGGGAUUACAACGAGGUGCGAACAGUUUCACGACGUCCACCGCUAUGGCGGCGUUGGAAUUGACUUCUAGGUUGAUACACGCUAUACAGAGUACAGCUGAGACGGCUUAUGACAUGGUCAGUCCUGGCCCAAGCGUGAGGCGUAAGCACAAGGGACAGAAAGGACGCCGGAAAAGGUAUAAUCAACCAUUGGACAUUCGAGAAGGAGUGGCUAACGCGUACAUGCUAGUAAAAGAGGGUUUGGGAGAAACGGCGAAUCAAUUGGUUCGCGUAGCCAGUGAGGAGCAUGAACAAAAAGGAGUCUCUGGUGCUGUAGGGGGUGUGUUACGACAAAUACCACCGACAGUCGUGAAGCCAAUUAUUUUGGCUACAGAAGCGACUAGCAAUGUUUUAGGUGGUAUGCAAUCGCAGUUAGUACCGGAUGCCAGACGAGAGGCAGCUCAGAAGUGGCGGCAAGACUCGAAUGACGUGAAUUGAAAUUGCUGCUCUGUGAGCCCACGGUCCGGUUCGGUGUUCUGGAUCGACCUUCGUGUAAUAAAAUGAGAAUCCAUGACGCGAAUUUGCAAAUAAUAUUACGAUAAGGGGGGA